GUCAUUGGAGUGAGUCUCCGGUCGCUCCUUUAGCCGCAUGAGUGGAGGGGCGGGCAGGGAGGCGUGUCUGUGCACCACAAGAGGAACAACGUGAGGUUCAGGAGGAAGGGCAUGUCAGAGAUGUUAGUUCAGAGAGAGUUGUCGGAAUGAUCCCUUGAUGGUCCUGUCCUGAACUUUUUUUAUGGACUUGUUGUGCCGCAGACUUUGGCCUCUGCCUGAGGUGGAUUUGAAAUGUAGAAUGACUCAAAAGCCAGUCCUCCGUGCCUUACAAAUCUCAAGUGCAGCCAAUUGAUCUCCAUCAACACUUUCUCUGAUCCCCACCGUCUCCAUUAAGGACGGAGAUGGGGUUGGUGGGGAGCCUGCAGCUUGUUCUGCUUUUGGCCUUGACCUCCACAGCCACAGGCCUCAUCAUCCCUCUAGAAGUGGAGCAGCCUCCAACCAUAAUAACUCACACAUCUGGUCCCAUUGUGGCCCUUCCUUUUGACAAUACAAUUACUAUCAGGUGUGAGGCCAGGGGCAACCCACCACCAGAAUACAGAUGGACGAAAGAUGGUGAAGACUUUGUCCCCCCCUACGUCACGACAGACCACCCAGAUGGCACCUUUGUGCUUCACAACAAGCAUCUUACCGGGUUUCAGGGUAAAUACCGAUGCCACGCUUCCAACAAGCUGGGAACCGCCAUGACGCCAGAGAUUGAACUAAUAGUUCCCAGUAUGCCGAAGUUUCCGAAGGAGUUCAAUUUCCCCAUUGUUGUUAAAGAGGGAGAGCCAAUUAUCCUUGAGUGUAACCCUCCACAAGGCAUGGCCCCACGUCAGAUUUACUGGAUGUCGUCUGCUCUCGAGCACAUUGAGCAGGAUGAGAGGGUUUCCAUGGGCACUGAUGGCAACCUGUACUUCUCCAAUGCCAUACAGAACGACACUCGUCGGGACUACUGUUGCUUCGCUCACUUCUCCAAAAUACGCACCAUCGUCCAGAAAUCAGACAUGGCUGUCGUGGUCAAGAGCUUGAAACCUGGCAACGAGUCCGCUGAUGCCGGCAAUGCCACUCAAACCCCCCCAGCGAGAAUCCCCAGCCUGUUGCUGCCCUCUGGUGUUCAGACAGAGAAGGUGCUGUUGAAGGGAGAGGAUCUGCAGCUUGAGUGCAUACCACAGGGAUAUCCCACGCCAACAGUGAAAUGGAUGAAAAUGGGAGACAAGCUGCCUCUUCGGACACAACUGAACAACUUUGGAAAGCUGUUGUUCAUAUCGUCCAUAGAUGAGUCGGAUGGUGGGAAAUACAUGUGUAAAGCCCAAAACUCGGCUGGAGAGGUUGUCCACUACCUUGAUGUAAUAGUGGAAGAUCCGCCAAAGUGGGAGACGGAGCCUCCUCAAAGCCAGCUGACUGUGAUUGGGACUGAUGUUCACAUCAAGUGCUCGGUCAGCGGAAAACCACCGCCAGACAUUACAUGGAGGAGGAACGGGGAUUUAUUUAUAGAUGACCCCGAGAGCAACAAGCAAGUUUUUGAUGACACGUUGGUGCUUCUUAACGCCGGAGCACAGGACAGUGCUGUCUACCAGUGUGAAGCCUCCAACACUCAUGGCAGUAUCCUGGCCAACAUAAACAUCAUGGUCAUGAAUAUGGCUCCGCGAAUACUGACAAGAGACCUUCAAGAGUAUGCUGUGGUGCAAGGAGAGGACAUAGUCAUGAACUGCAGUGUUUUCGGCUCUCCACCACCCAACAUCUCCUGGGCCAAAGACGAGACUCUAGAGAUCGCCAAGGGGGAACGAUUUUUGGCUGUCGGAGGAUCUUUAAAAAUCUUCAGUGCCAAAAAAUACGACAGCGGGAAAUAUUUGUGUUUUGCCUCUAACACGGAGGGAAAUUCAUCCGUCACCGCUGUGCUGGAUGUGAAAGACUCCACAAAAAUUGUAUAUGCGCCUCAGGAUAUGCGGAUCAUUAGCGGGACCACAGCCCAGUUGAUGUGCCGGGCAGAGGUGGAUAAAAGCCUGCUUGGUGCCUUUGAAGUGGUUUGGAGGAAGGAUGGUGAGAAGAUCCCACUUUCCUCUGAGGAAAAUUCCAGAUACUUUAUGGACAAUGGCAUGCUACAGAUCAUGGGUGUGAACCUGAGCGAUCAGGGAAGCUACACAUGCAUUGCGAGGACCAGCCUAGACGAGGACAAUGCCACUGCACUACUCACUGUACUGGACGUUCCUGAUGCUCCAAAAAACUUAGAGAUUUUGGAACUGAAGAGUCAGAGAAACAUUUGCCUGUCUUGGGUACCUGGGAGUGACCACAACAGUACUGUAACAGAAUUUAUUGUUGAGUAUGAGGAAAGCCAAUGGGAGCCCGGCAGGUGGAAGGAGCUAAAGAAAGUUGCCGGUAACCAGGCAACAACCGAGGUUGCACUACAAGGACACCUUAACUACCAGUUCAGAGUGUAUGCUGUAAACGUUGUUGGACCCGGACCCCCCAGUGAGCCCACUGAACGAUAUAAAACACCUCCUGCUGCUCCUGAAAAAAAUCCUGAAAACAUCAAAAUUCUAGGCCACCUCCCUCACCAACUGGACAUUAGCUGGGAGCCACUGUUGCCUAUUGAACAUAACGGCCCGGGCCUUGAGUACAAAGUGAGCUACAGGAAACUGGGCGUGGAAGAUGUCUGGACGGAGCAUCUGGUCAAAAGGCCCCACUUUGUCGUGCGGAACACGUCCACUUUUAUCCCCUUCGAGAUCAAAAUUCAGAGCAGGAACAGCCAAGGCUGGGGACCGGAUCCUAAAGUCGUUACAGGUUACUCUGGAGAAGACGUCCCGACUGCAGCACCACGGGACAUAGCAGUGGAGGUGAUCAACACCACUGUCCUGCGAGUUAGCUGGACCCCGGCUCCACCUGCCACAGUGAGAGGUCAUCUAGGAGGCUACAAUGUUCACUGGUUGAGGAAACGAAGUUGGUUGGAGCCCAACAAGAUUUUAGAUGACCGCAAAAUGCUCUCUUUUCCCGGGAAGAGGACUCUAGCCGUGGUGCCGGGCCUUGAGCCGUUCUCAGAGUACAUACUCACUGUCAAUGUUUUCAACAAGAAGGGGAAUGGGCCCAAAAGUGAUCCAGUCACCUUCAACACUCCAGAGGGAGCUCCUGAGCUAGUGCCCAUUCUGACUGCCUCCAACGCCCAGAAAGACUCCAUUUUGCUGGUGUGGGCCCCGCCGCUGGAGACUAACGGCAUCCUCACUGGUUAUCUGCUGCAGCACCACCUCGUUAAUGAGACCACACUGGAGGUGGUUGUUUCCCAGGAGACAAACAUCACCGGGGCUGACACCACCCAGUGGCAGCUUUGGGGUCUAGAGGAGGGCAGCCUCUACCGCUUCCAUCUCCGAGCCUGCACUCGAGCCGGCUGCGGGCCUCCGCUGGCGCAGGAGAGCAGAACUCCAGUUACUGCAGCAGAUUUGUCCCCGACUCCAGCUGUGGCCCCUGUUCAGAGCAUGCCGGUGCUGUUCAACAUAAGCUCGUAUGUGAGUGACACCUUUGCCAAAAUCAGCUGGAUUGCCGAGACAGAGCAGCAGGACUCUGAGCUUUAUGUGGCUUAUAUGAAUAACCGUGAUGGUAACUGGCUGGUAUCAGAGGCUGUAAAUGCUUCUCGAGGUUUCCACGUUAUUGAUGGGCUCAGACCUGGGACGGUGUACACCGUGCGCCUCAUGGCCAAACGCCUGGUCGAUAACGCUAGCAUUUUUGAAGAUGUUAUCCAGACCCGAGUCAAAGCCACGGGAGUCCAACGGAGCAACUUUUUGACCCAGGGCUGGUUCAUUGGGACCAUGUGUGCUGUGGCGCUCCUCACCCUUGUCGUACUCAUGGCCUGCUUUGUGCGGCGAAACCAAGGUGGCAAGUAUGCAGGUACGCCGCCGCCUUCGUCGACCCAGAGACAAGACAUGUUCCCCAUGGAAAAAGUGAAAGAGAGGGAGAACCUACACUCUGUUGUGGAGUCACAACCAAUGAAUGAUGACACCUUCUGUGAAUACAGUGACAGCGAAGAGAAUCCGCUAAAGUGCGGUAGCUUGGGUUCCCUGACUGGAGAUGAAGCACUGGGGGAGAGCGUCAGCUUGGUUGACUACGCCAACGUGGGACGAGAAUUCAACGAGGAUGGUUCAUUUAUCGGAGAAUAUUCUGGAUUCACGCACAGAGGCUCUGUUAGCGAGCCGGAUCAGGGUUAACCCCAACCCUAACCCGGACCAGUCACCGCAUGAAGCCAGGCGCCGGUUUAAGAGGCCGACUUCAAAUGUUUUCAAGAUACUUUUUAAAAUGUAGCUUCCCUGGGGUUAAAUACAGCACAAAUAGCCAUCUAUGAGGGGGAUGAAAAUGACUCAAUGGGCAUACGUUUUUUUACAGGACCCGUGAGAGAAAAGAGUACAUGCAGCACACAAAUCCUGUUGGGAAAACACUGUAACAUUGUCUUUGUACAUAUUGUAAGAGAAUGACCUGUAUCAUUUGAGUUUCUCAAGAUUUCUUUUCAUAAUAAUAAAGUUUGUUUUGUACCUUUUA